AUGGCGACCACUUCGGCGGCCGUCCUCCCGUCAGGGGUCUUCCUAACCCGAGGGUCGGAGAUCCAGAGAAUUCCCGCGCGCGCCGCUGCGGGAGCCAGAGCCCUCGCACCCCUCGCGUCGUCAAAACUGCGAGCCUCCCCCAGAUUGCCGGCCCUAUCCACUCCAUUCAUCCGAUCCUUCAAACCCACUGCGGCUCCGACCGUCGGCCUGCAGUCACAAAGACGACAAAUCUCGUGCGCCGUGGAGGCUCCUCCCAAGCAAUCAGCUCCAGAGCCAUCUCCGUUUGAAGCGGCGCAAGUGUGGUUCUCGGACGUGAUCGCGCAACGGAAGCGGCCGUACUUCUUCAACCGGGAGUACACGUCAAAGGACAUCAGCUACGCGGUGUACAUGCUCUUCGUCCAUGGCUUGUGCCUCUUCGCUCCAGCCACCUUCUCCUGGGAAAACGUUGGCCUCUUCGUCGGCCUUUACGUGAUCACAGGAAUGUUUGGGAUCACGCUGUCAUACCACCGCAAUUUGUCGCAUCGUUCUUUCACGCUUCCCAAGUGGCUCGAGUACACCUUCGCGUACUGCGGGGUUCAAGCUGUUCAGGGCGACCCCAAGGAGUGGGUGAGCGCUCACCGCUAUCACCAUCGCUUCUGCGACACGCCUGCCGACCCGCACACGCCGUACGAGGGCUUCUGGCACAGCCACAUGGGGUGGCUUCUCGACGACGUCGCCACGCAAGAACGGGUGGGUGUGCGCAACAACAUCGCGGACAUGGAGAACGAUCCCUUCUACAACUUCAUCGAGGCCACCUACGUGUGGCACAUCGUGGCGUCCGUGCUGCUGCUCUACGCCCUCGGAGGCUUCCCCUGGGUCGUCUGGGGCUUCGGCGUGCGCGCCGUGUGGGUGUACCACAUCACAUGGUUCGUCAACUCCGCGUCGCACGUGUGGGGCUACCAAUCCUGGAACACUGGCGACCUUUCGCGAAACAACUGGUGGGUGGGGCUGCUGGCGUUUGGCGAGGGGUGGCACAACAACCACCACGCGUUCCAGUACUCGUGCCGGCAUGGGCUGGAGAAUCACCAGGUGGACAUGACGUGGUACACCAUCAAGCUGCUCGAGGCUGCAGGGCUCGCCACCCAGCUCAAGUACCCCCAUGAGAAGCACAUGAAGCGCCUCUCCUUCCCGGACCAACCAGCCCCCCAGCAGUAG